AGUGGUUUUUAAUAGUAGGCAGCUAAUUUGGAGAUGCACGAAGUGUCUGCAAAACACGGCGUUAAUUUGUAUCAAACGUUGGUCGCCGGAGUGUUUGUGGUUGUCUCACGGUUCCCGUGAGUGUCUCGUCGUGUGCGGCGUGUGUGGAAAAUUGCGCGCAGCAUGCCGGAAUUUUAUAAAGUCGAAAUAAACAGGACCGAAUGGGAGGUUCCGGAACGGUAUCAAAUGCUCACUCCAGUGGGAUCGGGAGCGUACGGCCAAGUGUGUUCAGCAGUCGAUUCGAACACCGGCCAGAAAGUAGCGAUAAAAAAAUUAGCCAGACCAUUCCAAUCAGCUGUGCACGCAAAGAGGACCUACAGGGAGCUUCGUAUGUUGAAGCAUAUGAAUCAUGAGAAUGUAAUUGGUUUGUUGGAUGUAUUUCAUCCAUCUUCCUCUCUGGAAGAUUUUCAACAGGUAUAUUUAGUCACUCAUCUGAUGGGUGCCGAUCUCAAUAAUAUCGUAAGGACUCAGAAACUGUCGGACGAUCACGUACAAUUCCUCGUCUAUCAGAUCCUUCGUGGUCUCAAGUACAUUCAUUCCGCGGGUAUAAUACACAGGGAUUUAAAACCGUCUAACAUAGCUGUGAACGAGGACUGCGAGCUGAAGAUCCUCGAUUUCGGUUUAGCCAGGCCCACAGAGAACGAAAUGACCGGUUACGUCGCCACUAGAUGGUACAGAGCUCCAGAGAUCAUGCUAAACUGGAUGCAUUAUAAUCAAACAGUCGAUAUUUGGUCAGUCGGAUGUAUAAUGGCCGAAUUAUUAACCAGCAGAACGUUAUUUCCGGGGACAGAUCAUAUACACCAACUGAACUUGAUAAUGGAGAUACUGGGUACUCCACGAGACGAGUUCAUGCAAAAAAUAUCCUCGGAGUCGGCGAGGAAUUAUAUUCAGAGUCUACCUCCGUUGAAGAAGAGGAACUUCAAAGAAGUUUUCCGCGGGGCCAACCCUUUAGCGAUAGAGCUACUCGAACUCAUGUUAGAGUUAGACGCAGAGAAACGAAUCACGGCGGAACAAGCUCUGGCUCAUCCGUACCUCGCUCAGUACGCGGAUCCAACCGACGAGCCGGUAUCUCUGCCGUACGACCAGAGUUUCGAAGAUAUAGAUUUACCGGUUGAGAAAUGGAAAGAACUCGUUUACCACGAAGUCGUAAACUUUGUACCUCAACAGCUACCUGCAACGUCCUCGACGAUCGAGGCUACUUCAUAAGAUCGGCACAGCACAACUAAUGUUAGGUAUGCAAGCGAAUGCGUAAGAUAAUAAUUAACAGUGAAACGAUUAAACGCGCCGGUGUGUAUAAUUGUUAUAUACAAACAGAUUCAUUGUAUAUAAUAGCGUAACAAAGUUAAUCAUACAAACCUAUUUUGUAUUAGGGACAGAAUAUAUACAUACAUAUAUAUAUAUUUUUGUUAACGAUACAUGUUGCAAGAGAAUGCUAACGUUUUUUUUCCAUAUUGAAUAUAAAUAGAAGGAACGUGAAGCAAUGGAAUAUAUGGUUAUUUUUAUUCGUGGUUUUAGGCGAACGUUUUUGUUAUACGUGUUAUUCGGGAGUUUAGAACGCUUUGAAGCUGCGCUUCUAAGUUCAAUAAAAAACUGAAGCCGAUUCAGGACCAACAGAUUUUUAACACGUUUCUCCUUCUGUAAUUUGAACGUUACGUUGAUUAACGACAGAUUAACGAGGCUUCAAAGCGUUACAUUUUGUUUUUAUUCACCGCCGGUUCUAGUCCGUAACAGAAAAUUAUAUACUACAUCGAAUUUACAGUUAAAGGAAUUCGUUCGAAAAUUCGUACGAACAUAAUUUAAUAUGUAAGAUACUACUAUUAUAAUGAAUGCUUUUAACAAGGAAACAUGGCUGAAUAAAUCUUUUCGAUCUUUG